AUGCUAGCUGGGUUUCCCCCAUGUGCAUUUCCGGGCGAGAAGACCCAAAUUGCGUAUCGAAUUUUCGACCUGUCCGAACCGACGGAGCAUGCAGGCCGCCUGACGGAAGAGAUUCGAAGGAGAGAGGAAGGAAAGAAAAAGAUCGAAGCAGAGCUAGAGUCUUUGCAGGCAAGCCUGGCGACAGCGCGCGAGGAGUUGGCGGCAUGUAGGCAGACCGAGCAAAACGCUCAGGAGGAGCUCCUGAAGGUCGAAGGAACUUGUGCGGUCGAAGAGUUACGGGUGCUGCGCCAUCAGGUCAGUGACUUGGAGGACUUGUGCAAAGCCCCGUCGCUUAGCGCCAGCGCACGACGCCUCUACAACCAAGAGGUGAGUGUGCUGAAGCACCAGCAGCAAACCAAGUGUGCCAGGUACAGCAUCGAGACAGCGUCCUUGGAAGACAUUGCCGCAGAGACCAUUGAGGGUCUUCAGGAUGGCGAAGUGCAGAAGGAGACUGCCGAAGAUUCCAUGUCGGAACCAGAGGCUGAUUACAGCUCCCCGGUUCCGAACGGAAGCUCGGAGCUUCAAGGCGCAGAGCCGACAGCGCUGUCUGAAGAUGAAGUUCGCCAAGACGAUGCUCAAGAGGUGCCAGAAAAGCCAACACCAGCUUGGCACAUCCUGACACAUCCCCGGCUGGCUGAUAAUGAUCCCCGCAAUCCCCGGGCUGCCCCAUUGGCCAGCACAUGUGGUGCCAGGGCGCGGACGUCGCUGCUGCUCCUUGCAAGCAUUAGCAUCAUUACCAAUCACAAGCUGUUUCCCCACGACGUUCAAUGGAUGGCAGAGCUCGGGAGCCUGGAGCCGGAGAUCGAGCGAGCUUGCGAAGUGGAAGAUUUCGACUUGGCCGAGGAGCUGGAGUCUCGGCGGAAGACGCUGACCCAGAAGCUCGAAGAUGCUGAGGAGGAAUUGGCGACGCUGAGGAGAAAGCUGGAUGAAACUGGCAGCGAGAAGGUGGAGCCAGCGGAGGAGGAGCCAGCGCAGGAGGAGCCAGCGCAGGAGGACACGCCUGGAGAGUUGGAGGAGAAGUGGGAGAAGGCAGAGGUGGAAGUGAAAGAGGAUGUCAGCACAGAGGAGCCGAGAAGUGAAGUGCCCGCAUCAGCCUGUCAGCAGUAUGUGGGAGAGGCUUGUGCAAUUCUCAGAAGUCGACAUGUUUUGAACAUCGGGGCCCGCGAGGUACAGGAGUGA